CGAAUAGGCAACCAAGUAAUACCCUGCAUCAAACAAAACAUAACGAGAAUGUUAAACACGAAAAUGUAGAACUGAUGAUCAACUUCUGCACGAAUAACGAACUAAGAAUAAACUACACAUUUUUUGACCACAAAGAACAACACAAAUAUAUAUUUAAUAACACCCGUGGACAAAGAUCUAUGAUAGAAUAUAUUAUAACCAACAGAGAUAUACAUCCAUCAAAAUUAAUUGACGUAAGAUGUCUCAACUCAGCAGAUGUAGGUAGCGACCAUAGCCAGUAUUAUGUAAAAUAAGCUUAAUCCUGAAAUACUUUCCACCCAAGAGAGCGGCGUCAACAAAAACAAAAAUCAAAGUCGAAGGACUAAAUACAGAUUCGACGUAAUACUUAUACAGGAUAAGAACAUCAGAGAAGAUCACUGGGAAUGAAAUAUUAGAAAACGAUAACAUCGAGGAAAGCUGGGAAAAACUAAAAAAUAAUAUAAUUAACGCAGCAACAGAAUCACUUGGAGAGAGGAAAGUAACAAACACUAACAU